GUGCAGAUUUCCUUUUUGUUUUGUCCGCAGUCACCGCGCACUGCAUUCAAAACAAGGCCCAACACACAAUACGCUAACCCCAGCGGCACAGCAAACACAGUACACACCCAGCAUGGACACUAGUGGCGGAAAUUUGGGUUAACGGCAUCCGUAAAAGACUGGUAUCGAAAUGGAUCCGAUAAAAUCAAACAAGCCCGCUAAUAAUCUGACUACGACAUUUCACAACACUGCUGCAACCGCCUUGAGCGCAGCUGAUGAUAAAGAACAUUUUGAAAUUGAUUUGAAAAUUGGCAAAAAUGACUUCCUACCGCGUAGACUACUUGACCGAUUCCCUAGACGACACAGAGCCAUUGCCGGAGCUAAGUUUUGAAGACUUUUUGGAGCCAACGUCGGACAAGAGUUCCCAGCACAUGGAAAUUGAAGCCCUGGACUCAGAGGAAGACGAUGGCGGCGGGGAAGAUCUGGCCGAUCCGGCCAACGAUUCCCUGAACACGCCGCAGUUCAAGAAGAACGUGGUCCACAUACUGGAGGACAAGAGGUUAAACUCGCCCGGACUAACCGUUUUGAAGUCGCACGCCAUUAAGGUGGUGACUGCCGGUGGUACUCCUCCGGCCAAGGCGCAAGUUACAGACGUAAAGAUACUAAACAAAUUGAAACCAAUACCCAGCAGUACGCUAAAGAUCGGUAGCACAACCAUAGCGACCAAAUCCACACCGGGCAGCAUAACCAAGACUUUGAGCAACUUGACCCAGAUUAGGACGAAAGAUGGCCAAGUCAUCUUUGUCCAGAAGUCUGUACCUGGAACACAAAGCAGCACUGCGUUGACAGGGUCACCAAGCAGUGGUAUAAGACGCCUCGUGGCGCCUUCUGGUAUCCAGAAGGCAGUUCUUUCUAAGGGCGUGACCAUGGCAAGCACGGGUCUGGUCAAGGCAGCUGUUCCUCCCAAAGCAAGCACCUCGGUACCCGGCACAGCCAUCACCAUAAAGGGCAUCCAACCGCUGGCCGGAGGCACUGCGAAGGCGUCGACUGUCAGCACGCCGGCAACCACGUCCGGAUCUCUGGCACAGCCCACCAAAAUUCAGGUGGUGCGCACUGCCGAUGGCAAAAUUAUCAAGAUCAAUCAGGCUGGUCCCUCGCUGCUAAUGAACGCCAAACAGGGAACUGGGACCACAGUCACGCCAGGAGGCUCUGCCUCCACUUCUGUCAAACUAUCUCCCUCGGGAAAUGUGGUGCUCAACAAGCCCAUUGGCCAGGUAGUGGUUAGAACAGAAACUCCUGUAAAGACAGCGACGGGCUCUGUAGCCAGUGCAUCCGCAACACCGGGCAAGAUGUUGGUUCAAAGUGGCGGCAAACAGAUUCUUGUAUCCAACAAAAACAUCAUUAAGCUGUCACCGAAUGCGAGUGCCACCAGUUCGACAACCCACACGACGGGCGGACAGACACCUUCCACGUCGAGCGGAUUGCACGCUAUUCAAAUGCCUGGCAAGGGAGGAGUACAAUAUGUACGUGUCCUGAACAACAAUAAGAGUGCCGCCGGAACAAGUGCAACAACGUCUAUGCCGAAAACAGUGCAAACUCAGAAGAUCACUGUGGUGCGGCCACCGGUUGCUACUGGUGUUCCUGCCACAUCUUCUACAACAUCCGCAGCAGCAGCUCCAUCUGCAGCCGCAUCGAAGGCAAACCUUCCCAUAGGCAGCACCAACAAGAUUGUAAUGCGAUCAAUGGGCGGCAGCAUUGUGCCGCUCCCUUCCGUGCAGACGUUGGUCUCAAAGCGUGCGCCGGGCGCCAUCACCAACGCCUCAAAGCCAGCCAGUGCGGCUAGCAGCAGCGCACCGAGUGGCAGCCAGGAGUUGCCACGCAAACACCGUCUUACCGAUCUCAAUAUGCAGCUAAAGCAAUCGGCCUCGGCCAGCAGUGAAGCCAGCGACAGCAGCGAUGCGGGUCCUGAGGCCAAAAAGCCGCGUUACGUUAUUACCAUGCAGCAAGGAUCACAGAAGGCAGCUUCCCAGCCAAUUCAGAAACUAAUUAAUCGGCCAGCGAAUGUACAGCGUGUGGUGUCUAGCAGCACAAGUCCCAAUUCCAACUCCCCAAAGAAAAUCUACAACUAUGUUCAAACGACUGGAAGCAAUGGGGCCAAGUACAUGAUCUGUAACUCGGGUGUGCCCCAAUCAUCGACGAGUGCUAUGCGACGGGGAUACACUGGAUAUGUGGAAAACAAGACGCGACGCCCGCCAUCCAUUUCCUCGCAACAGCACCGCUUCAAGCAUAUGGGUGCCCAGCAGCAGUCCAAGCACCAGCAACUCCAAGCGCAGGCCAAGCAAAAGAUUAGGCAGCAGCAACUGCCUACCGAACAAUCGUCGCCGAUCAAGGUCGAGCCAAAGCUGCCGACACUGCCUCCGGGGGUGAAGGCCGACGUGCCCGCCAAGCCGCUCUUUGAAGUCCUAAAACCCGCAGCAACACCGGCAGCAGCCGGUGCCGUAGAUCCAUUGGGCGGCAUGACUUCGCGGCGAAAGCACUGUAACUGCAGCAAGUCGCAGUGUCUAAAGCUUUACUGCGAUUGCUUCGCAAACGGCGAGUUCUGUCAGGACUGCACCUGCAAGGAUUGCUGCAACAAUCUGGACUACGAGGUGGAACGGGAGCGCGCUAUUCGCAGCUGCCUCGAUCGCAACCCCAGCGCCUUUAAACCCAAAAUUACGGCACCCAAUUCAGGUGACAUGCGACUGCAUAACAAAGGUUGCAACUGCAAAAGAUCGGGCUGCCUCAAGAACUAUUGUGAGUGCUAUGAGGCAAAGAUUCCCUGCACCAGCAUAUGUAAAUGCGUUGGUUGUCGAAACAUGGAAGACCGUCCGGACGUGGACAUGGACUCACUGGACGGAUUGAUGGGUGCCGAGGGUCAGAAAAAGGACAAAGCUAAAAACAAGCAAUCGAACGAGGAUCACGCAAAUAUAUAUUUGACGGACGAUGUCAUUCAGGCGACCGUCAUGUGCAUGAUAUCGCGGAUUGUGAUGCACGAGAAACAGAAUGUGGCCGUGGAGGACAUGGAGCGCGAGGUGCUGGAGGAAAUGGGCGAAAGCCUGACCCAGAUCAUCGCCUUUGCCAAGGAAAAGCACGAAACCUCACAGAUAGACGAGUCCAAGCCUUCUUCUUAGGCGUGCAAAUAUAGUCACACAUGAAUUAGUUUAUAAGUUCAAAGAGUUCUUGACCUUUUCUCCUACCAUAUUCUAAUUUUGGCUUUCUAAAAGUUGACCUUAAAGUAAAGUGUUUACCCUAUUAAAAUAAUUUAAACACAAAAUGUAUAUACCAUACAUAGCGAAUUUCAGAUAUAAGGCCAUUUUAAUUUUUGGCCGAGCAUUGUAAUUGUGUUGUAAACUUUUCCUUGAAUUGCAUGUAAAUAAUUUAGAUACCUAAUAAAGUUUAAUGACCAUUGAACACAAAUGAAAAGAGACGUUGUGUUGUUUUGUAGCUUGUUUAUUCACCAACAACUUCAGUUACAUAUUUGUAUUUUGCAUUUGCAUUUGCAUUGUUUCAAAUUUAUUGAUGGGCGAGUAUAUUAAACUCAACGCAAUUUAAUUUGGUUUUUCACAAUAUCGGUAUCAGCUUAGUUAGCAAUAUCUCUAUGAAAUAAACACAUGUCGAAUGACUACAGUAUAGGUAAUGCAUAUAUUAGUUGAUUGUAUUGAUAGUAGGUAUUUAGUUUCGUAUAUAUGUAGUUUCAUUUUAAGUAUAGUUAUAUAUUCUACUUGGUCAUCAUUGGUCUGUAUAAAUAGCAUAUAAGUAUGUUUGUGUUCUGGUUUCUCCCGGUUCUCACCCUAUAAACAUGGCAUGGCAUGACAUGAGUACAUAUGUAUGUAUGUAAGUUUGAGUAAAAAUGUGAUAAUCGUUAAAGGACUAUAGUACAUAUACGUGGUUAGUAGCUUGUUUUAUGCUAAUUAAUAUAUGCCCUGUUAUACAUAUUUUUCAUACACUGUUUUGACUAAUAUGCUCGCGCUAAACUAUAGGUUUUAUUUGCGGUCAUUCGAAUACGAACUUUUUGAAGAGAGAGAUGUGUGUGCGGUUAUCUUAGCUAGCAAAUACAUACAGUAAACGUUUAGUAUAUCGAUUUAAGGAUAGUUUUGAAUAUUUGAAUACUGUGCACAAAACGCUUUGGUUAGUUGCAUUAGCAUUGUUUGUUUGUUUGACCCCAUACCAGCUUUUUGUUUGAAUUGUUAGUUACGUAACACUUAUGCAACAUUUGAACAUAGUUAGGCAACAAUAACGACUUGAUUACGCAUAAUAUAUAUGUAUUGAGAGUAUGCUGAACUAUUCAGUUAGAAGCUAUAUUGUCUAAUUCACACGUUUAUAUUGAAUGCUGGGCCCCCAGAAGGGGGGCUAAAGCAUAAACUUACACAACAACUUUAUGAAAACCGAACAAAACCAUUUGCUAAAUAUCGUAUAUGUACGUACGGAUUUGCAUACCCUGUACAAUGUCUAUUUUCUUAGGUUGUCGUAAUAUGCAAUCAUUGAAGAGUGUACCUUAGUUGUUAAACGCGUGUUGCAUGAUUGAAUUCGGCAAUUCUUCAAAGCGUGAAAGGUCAUAACGAACACAGCGUAGAAUUUCUGGUGUGCUAUGAAUGGAUCUAGGGUAUUAUUAUAGUUGAGUAAUUCAUCUUUCACAACAAUAGAACAACGAUGAUAAUCAGCAAGUAUUUCAGCUAUUCGUAUAUACAGUUUGUCAAUAUAACCUCAUUGUAUACCUGCGAUUAACUACAUUUUGUCGGCUUUCUUGAACCAUUUUCGACCAUUACAGAGCUAUAGUUUACUUUACAAUACCUUCGAUUAGAAUUGUUUCGGGCUAUAUGCGUUCAAAAUAAUGAUUUUCAUGGCCCAAUAAAGAGUGGCAUUAGUUUUAAAGCGGAUUUUACAUGGUGAUCACAACGCUUAAGGACACUUGCAGCCAUUCAAGUGCCUUGCGGCAAUAUCCUUACGAUCCAAUACGAUCUGUUGAAGUGAUGAAACAAAGUCGGUAAUACUUAUGGGCUAAGAUCCGAAACUUUGGGUGGGAAGAAUUGAAGUUAUAAUCAUAUAAUUAUAUAUGUCUAAAUUUUGUAGAACACCCAAUUUAGCGACUUUAUUUCUCACUAGAUAAGUGCAAACUAAAAUAUAAAAUAAGACUUCUAUUCAAAAUUGUGAACGCUUAUAUACCCUAUAUAUAUUUUCAGUUUCUAUGGAAUGGUGUUUAUAUUCCACGUACCAUUUGGCACCAAAAAGCCUAUCAAAUAUUCCCUUUUUUCGUCAGAUAACUUGUGUGUGUGCUAAUGUGGGCAACAAUUUUACAAGAUUCAAUGAUUAUAUAGAUACUUUAUUUAACUUUAACAACUUGAAAUAUGAAAUUGAUUUACUUAAGGAAGGCGGGCCUCCGUUGUGGAGUAAUUGCCCAUUAAUUCCGUCCAAUUUCUACGCCGUAUUGCCAAAAAGUUUUAAUGGAUUUCAGUAGCGAGAAUCAUAUAGACAGGACCGAAAACCAAAGUUACCUGGGUUUUCGGUUCUAGACCUAUGAAAAAAAAAUUAUUUAUUUGGACUCAUUUGAAUAUUUUCUAAAAAAAAUCCUAUUUAUAUGAUUGGCACGCUAAUUUCGAACUCGCAUACCUUGGAAAACUCAAAAUUAUCAGCUCCAAAUGAAUCGUAUACCGAGUGAGUUGCUGUUCCAUGUUCAAAGCACUGUCAAAACUAAUUCCCAGGGCCUUCUUUUGUCCCAGAUCCUUCGCGCCGCCAGGCGAGUGACGUCUUCAUUGGAGAUCCCUUCAAAAUUCACUCAUACAACUUUCGCUAUGCCGACAAGCCAUUUUAUCCGGUCCAGAACUAUCAAAGACCUACGCCACCGACUCCGCCGGCACUGGCGAAGAAGUCCUCCUUCCAGACCUUCUACCACAAUCCCAGAUUCAGCCAGGAUCCCGAGUA